AUGAAACGUAAAAUGAUCCAAUACGUGACAACGAUGAUCGACGAAACUGGAAUCAAAGUCACAAAAGAAAACGCCGAAAACGGUAAAAUAUGGAGACUGAUCACAUUAGCCAUUCUAAUGCUACUGGGAGGCCUAUCCACAGGUAUGUUUUCACUUGUAAAUUACGACGAUUUUUAUAAAUUCGUCAGCCCCGUACCUUGCACAGCGGCCAUUAUAAUUUGCUGCUGCGGCACCUUGACCAUAUUCGUGCACCGGGAUAAAAUCAGCGAGAUGUUGUACGCGCUGGAUACGAAUCUGUACACUUACCCAGAUGAACACCGACUCAAUAUGCGGUAUUCCUGGUACCUAGAAGAAGAAAAGGUGACUAAGAUAAUGACAGCUGCUCUAUGUUUCGAGAUUUUCACCGUGAUUGUUAUUUUUAUACCUAUAAUUGGCGAGCUGGUGACGUAUCAUCGAAUCAGCACCUUUGUAUAUCCGUCCUGGCAGCCUUGGAUUGUCGAUGAUCUGAGAUCCGAGCUGGUUGUAGCCGGGAUGCAAAUGAUACAGUCGUUUUGUGGUCUGUGGUUCUAUCAUAUUGUCGUUAUGGCUACUUCAUUGGCUGUGUUCGAGUUCUUAAGGCAGUACGAGAGGUUGACAACCGCUUGUCUGUCGCUUAAACGUAGGACCGAAGAAUCUUCGAAGGCUGGUGAAACGAAAUCCGCCAAGUACGAUACCCUGAUGCGUAGAAAUAUUGUGCAUUGUAUUAAACAUCAUCAAAUAUUACACAAGAAUUUUCAAUUGCUAAGGAUAUGGUUCUCGGUGUUCUACUCUUGCGAAUUGGCUGUCUGCAUGGUUUCUUUUGCUUUCGUACUGUAUGUCUUGAUAAAUACCACGAGUUUGCCCAAAGUGCUGAAUUUUAUGGCUGUCACGUUCAUCAUAAAUAUGAAUUUCUUGACCAGGUGUUUCGCUGGAGAAAUAUUUGCUGAUUUAAACGACAACCUCGCAUACACAUUAUUCUCCGAAGUCGACUGGUGCGAACUGAGCAAAGAGAAUCAACGAUUAUUGGUGAUAUUUCACAGAAUGGCGUGUCGACCUCAUCGUCUAUUUGGAUUAGGAAUCUUCGAAGCAACUAGAAAGACAUUCGCCCAAAUAAUACGAUCCACGUACUCGUCGUUCAAUUUAUUAAACAUGAUGUUGAAGAAACGUACCUGA